UUUCCAAUCCGAGAGCCUGGAAGCAUUCUGGUUUGGUGAGUUUCUGAAACACACACAAAUACACACAGAGAAAGGAACAGGUUGCUCGGACCAGCCCGGUGAGAAAGACGUAAGACCAAACAUUUCCAGUGAAGGAUUGAAGAAGCAGUAGAAGAACAACCACAGUGACGGAGAAGUGAAACAGUUUGGAGACAGAAACCAAAAGAAAAAAAGAGAAACUUGAAGAGCUUUGGUAUCACUCUGGACUGUCAAACUCGAUAAAGAGUUGAUAAAGACACGAUAAAGAGUUGAAACAGAGAGAAACAGGGAUGAAUGUGACUGAUCAACUGUGCCUAUAGAUUCUCCUUGACAGCUACUAAACACUGCAGGCCACUACACAAAGUCACCCACCCGCGCAGACGUCUCGGUGGCUCCCAGAAAAGCAGGGGAGAAGUUCUUGGGUGUGACGAGGAAAAGGAGAGAGAGAACGGUGUAGGAGGAGGCAUCUUUGCUCAGCCCCGCCCCUCAGGCAGAGUAAACAGUCCUGUACCUAUUGCACCUUCAAUCACACAUUCGAGUCUCGACUGCCAGCUGUGUAUGUGUGUCUGUAAGGGACUGAAAGAAAGAGGGCAACCGUUGACAGCAGACAUCUUCAGAGACAGAGAGAGAGACAGAGAGAGAGAGAGAGAGAGAGAGAGUGUGUUUGUGAGUGAAACAGCAUCACAGUACACACACCGGCUAUAGUGCCUCUCGGACACACAUUCACCUGAAGAAGCAGACUCCAAUCCUGAUUGGCUGCUUAUUUCAGAAUGACAGCAGAAGACUCCGCCUCUGCCGUUGCUAUGAGUAACCCUAGCCCUUCCUCAUCUUCAAGUGCCCCCUCUGGGCAUCCGCAGAAUUACGGCGCCGUCCUAGAAGGCGUAGCUGGGACCCCCAAUGAAGCUGCACUUUUGACCUUGAUGGAGCGGACCGGCUACGGAAUGGUGCAAGAAAACGGACAACGCAAAUAUGGCCCGCCCCCUGGCUGGCAAGGCACCUCCCCUCCACGUGGCUGCGAAAUCUUUGUGGGUAAAAUCCCACGUGACGUUUACGAAGACGAGCUAGUGCCAGUAUUCGAGUCCGUCGGACGGAUCUACGAGAUGCGUCUGAUGAUGGACUUCGAUGGAAAGAACCGUGGUUACGCGUUCGUCAUGUACACGCAGAAGCACGAGGCUAAGCAAGCUGUUCGGGAACUCAAUAACUACGAAAUUCGUCCGGGAAGGUUGCUCGGUGUUUGCUGUAGUGUGGAUAACUGCCGACUCUUCAUUGGCGGAAUCCCAAAAACCAAGAAACGUGAAGAGAUCCUGGAGGAGGUUUCCAAGGUGACGGAGGGGGUGUUGGACGUAAUCGUGUAUGCCAGUGCAGCGGACAAGAUGAAGAAUCGCGGCUUUGCCUUUGUAGAGUACGAGUCGCACCGUGCUGCUGCUAUGGCCAGAAGAAAACUCAUGCCAGGACGAAUUCAGCUCUGGGGACACCAGAUCGCAGUUGACUGGGCAGAACCCGAAAUCGAUGUCGAUGAGGACGUCAUGGAAACGGUAAAGAUUUUAUACGUGCGGAACCUGAUGAUAGAGACCAGCGAGGAGACUCUGCGCCACACCUUCGGCCAGUACAACCCAGGCUGCGUGGAACGGGUGAAAAAAAUCCGAGACUACGCCUUUGUUCACUUUGCCAGUCGGGACGAUGCCGUGGUUGCCAUGGACAACCUGAACGGGACGGAGAUCGAGGGCUCCCGUAUCGAAGUGACCCUGGCCAAGCCCGUAGAUAAGGAGCAGUACACGCGCUAUCAGAAGGCAUCGAAAGGGACGGUAGCUGCACCGACCGUGGAGGCCCCACAACAAAGUUAUGUUUAUCAGUGUGACCCAUACACGCUUGCCUAUUACGGCUACCCGUACAGCACGCUCAUUGGACCCAACCGAGAAUACUUCAUUAAAGCAGGUACUGUAAGAGGACGUGGUCGUGCUGGAGCUGGUAACAGGGGCCCAGGGCCCCGCGGCUCCUACCUUGGUGGCUAUUCAGCUGGCCGAGGUAUUUACAGUCGCUACCAUGAAGGAAAAGGCAAACUGCCGGACAAACCUUACGAGAUCAUGCCCAAUCUAGAGCUGGCAGCUGUGAACCCAGUGGGCAUCAAGCCUGGCACAAUGGGUCUUCCAGCUCUCGGUGCGCAGUACCCUGCUGUGUUUUCUGCUGCUCCAGCGACUAAAUUAAUGGAGGAUGGGAAGAUGCAUCCAGUGGAGCACCUUAUAAACCCUCUGGCCCUUCAACAUGACCCCACCGCGGCUGCUGUCAUGCCUGCUGUCUCCACGCCACCCCCCUUCCAGGGUCGUCCUAUGACUCCCAUCUAUGCCAUGGCUCACAACGUCCAAAGGAUCCCAGCCUCUGCCGCCAGUCUGUACGGGGCCGGAUACAUGCCCAUAGCUGCCCACGCCAACACCGCCACCCUUGCAGCGCUGCAAAAGAACGCCGCCAUGGCAGCGGCGACCUACGGAGGAUACGCCGGGUACAUGCCUCAGGCCUUUCCCGCCGCCGCAGCCUUCCAGAUGCCAAUUCACGAUGUAUACCAGACCUACUGAGACACCCGCAACAAUCAAAAUGAUCUGCAACUACACACACCACAUCAGCACAGACCAUUAAACGUUCACGCUACAUCGACGAGCCCCGCCGGCUAAUCGAAACCGACGUACCCACAACAAAACUAAUUGAUUCGGACUCGCGCCUAGCUCCCCAGCAGCCUUCGGGUACCUCGGAGAGAGUGCCUAAUUUGUCCGCUAAAUUUGCUCAAAGCCACUGACCCAUACUCGCAGACACUGUGACAUUCAUCGAACUCUGGCCUACAUUUAGUAAUCCAGACGAAUGACCCUGGAAUUCUAAUCUACUGAUUUAAACUAAAACUACUAAUGCUGUACGCUGUAUACUAAAGCUACUGAUCAGCUUAUCAAGGUGCCUUGUGCUGACUCCAUUUUCAUCUCAGACCGAGGGACUUUUUUCCCUUUGUGUUAUAUGCGUGGACUCGGAUCCCUGCAAUGUGACCAGAGCUCCACCCACUUUUCUCUGUAGAUCAAUGAGAAACAGCCAUCAGUCCUUAAGGAGCAGAUAACCAGACUAACUCUUAUUCAUAAGCCAUGACCCAACAACUCGCACAUUGCUUAUUCAUAUCGUGAAAUGCGUGUUUUUAAUUCUUAGUCGAUCAUCACUGUGUACGUCAUAAAGUGGACUGUCAGUGAUAUGUCAUGAAGAAAUCACACCUGCUGACGUAUCAUUGUCUUCCCCACACACUCCAGCAAAUGGUGGUCAGAUGGAUCAUUCCUGCCCCUUUAAGGCCACCAUACGGUAAAAACUCCUUUCGCCCUUGCGGCCAGAAGAAAGAAGAAUACUGAAGGAACGUUUAUGGACUUGAAAUGUGUAUUUAAUGCCACUCAUUUGUUGCAUUUAUUUUGUGAAGAAAAACAAAACAGAUGACUGUAAAAAAAAGAACAAAAAAAAUUUACUGCUGAGCAGCAUUUUCAAAAACCGCAGAAGUUAGUAGAUGUUUUAGUAGUGUUUCAUAAAAAUGUUUAUGUAUUUUGAGUUUAUAACAUGUUAUGCGUUAUGAAGAUGUCGGGAUCUUCCGUCCGUCGGGUCUAUAUGAAAAAUACCUGCAUUCAUUAUUUUCUCCUUUAUUGUUUUAUUUGCUCAUGCUUUUUAUAUUUAGAUUAUUUUAAAGUAGUUUUUAUUGUUGUGAGGACUUUUCUAACAUGGAAGAGAACAUGCGAACCGAUAAUGACCUAUACAUGUGCCUUGUCAUCCGAAACUCUCUAAGUUUUAUAUCAUUCAGUUCAAGAACAAUCAAACUGGAAAAAGAGAGAUAUUAUUGUUUAGUCAUUUGAACCUAUACGGUGAAGAACAUUUGUGGUGUGAUACUUUAAAUAAGACCAACCGAGACAAACUGUUGAGUAAUGUUGGUUAUUAGUUAAAAACAGAUAUGUGGAUACAGCACAUCUUAGUUUUUUGUGGGGUCAAGUCACCCUAAAAUUAUAUGUGAAAUCCAGUCUAAGUCUCACAGUGGCGACUCGCAAAUUCAAAAUAUGUGUGUCAUGUGUGUUCGUGUUUUCAAAAUAUUCAUUGCAUCAUGUGAACCAUGUGCAUCACGUGUUUUGUCAAAAUAAGUGCCUGCUGCACACGCGUCAAAACCGUUCACAAAAUACACGCAAGGGACUCCCUUAAACGUGCAAUGUGUAAAUUUUUGCGGCAACUAGUGGUCAGGUUGCGCAUUGCAACCAACGGCUCAGUACGCAUAGAGGAGCUACGUUAGCCGCCACCGGACAAACAUGUCGUCGGAGACAACUUAGUAAAAAAAGUUUAUCCGUUAAGGGCUUCUGUAAACAUGGCGGCACAAAAUGGCGACUUCCAUGGAAGGGGACCUUCGGUAUAUGUAGAUAAAAAAAUCUUAUUGUAAGGUAAUAAAAACAUAACGGUGCAUUAUGAAAGGUCUUUAUACACACCUGAUCAUAUAGUUUUGUAUAAUAUUUUGCAUUUAUGUCAAGAGAUUCUUCUAAAAAUUACACACUGCACCUUUAACAGUAAACUCUGAUUAGGGAUGAGAUUAUGCGAGUGUCUGGCAAACGCGAGUGUCUCUUUAAUCAUAAACUCUUAUGGCACUUAUUUUGACAAAACACGUGAUGCACAUAGAUUCACUCGACGCGCCGAACACAUAUUUUGAAAUUACGAACCACACACAUACAUGUUGUGACGAACUUCGCAUCGAGCGCCCUCGAAAAAAGAAGCCACCGGCCGCCACUAAAGUCUCAUAAUCUAAUUCUGAGAUUGAUUUCAAUAAAUAUUAAAGAUAUUACAAGCCAAGUUCACUAAGUAAUAAGUAUUUCACUCCGGUUUUAACUUGAACCUUACAGUUUUAAAGAUCACAAUCCAUGUGAUAUAGUACAGCUUACCUAUAUACUAGUAAUGUAGACUGUACUGAGGUGCACUUAACCAUUUUUCAUGCUGUGUAUGUUUGUGCCUUGUGUUGUGAAGUGAUGAGCAGGUCUUUUUAGGAGAAUUAACUGGAUUAAACUGGACCAAACUGAAAGCAGGGAGCUCAGAGAACCUCUCAUUGUCUGUAUAUCAUAUCAGUAUCCUCCUGUACGUCACCCCUAAGCCUUCUGAAGGGCUUGACACAUUUGUGCCUUUAUUCAGAUCGCUGUCUGACAAGUGACCUCCUUAAAACACUGUUUUACCGCGGUGCCUCUCCUUUCCUCCUCGUUUCUUUCACAAAGUCAGUUUUUUGUGUUAUUUUGUUGUUUCGGGGGCUCUGAGUGUUAGUUUUGCUGCUUUAUGUCGUAUUUUGCUUUUAUGUAUUAAUAACACAUAUUUUAUUAAGAUGGGGAAAGCCAAACAAAAGAAUGACAAUCCGGAGUUCACAGUCUACACCAUCUAAGCAAAGUCGCACACAUUUUCACACACUGUCACAAUCACUGAGAUCUUUUCUCAGUCACUCCACAUUGUGUGUGUCUUGUGUAUUGGUCAGAAAAGUGAACCAUCCCCAGUAGUUUUGUUUCUCUUUCUCUCUCUCUCUCGACUAGAAUCUUUUAUUAUGAGUGAAACGGUCAGGAUAUAUUUAAUAUAUAUUUACACAGUACAUUGUUUUUGUUUAUGAAGUACGAGGAAAUGCUAUAUAAUAUAUUUUAAGAUCUCUUUAUUUUGAACAUCUCUAUAUGUGCUGGUUUAAAGAGUUUAACAGCGAAAACGUGUUUAUUUCUUUUGCCAAAGUGUUCAGUGAGGUGUGAGCUGUUUUAAGAGUGUAUCGCGUGCGUGUUUAAGAAUAGAAGUGAAUUUUUGUGAGCCCAAACUGAUAAUGCGUUUAUUGGCAAAAUGUGCUUUCUUUUGUGAUCAUUUCAUAAACACUACAUGUGUAGCGUUUUCCCCCCUUGUUAAGACUUGUUACUAAACAACAACUGAACAAGACAUGGUGACCUCGGUAGAGGACAUUUAGAUAACGUAGAAUAUUAUUGCCAAAAUAUUCUUAUCUUUCUUUUUUUAGAUCUACUUAGAACUGUUUUCUAUCCUGUUUGUUUAAGGCAUUUUUGGCAUUGUUGUAUUUAUAGUGGUAGUUUAAUAAAGCAUUUUCAAAAACAUGA